CGAAACUUAUCGCUUUGGUCUGAGCAUGAAUGUCUCUGGAAACACUUCAAACGCCACCAUGGGCUCUUGAGGAAGCCCCCGAACCAUUGAACACUGCACGAGUAGGGCUGGAUCGAGGUCGGGGGGUGGGAUGGAGAUGGGGUGGGGCCAGGUCCAUAGCCUGGCUGCCCCUGAGUUCCCUGGGCUGGCGGCUGGCGGCGGACCAGAGCCGAGGGUGGGCAGUGGGCUCGCAGUCUCAGGCCUUCACCAGCGGGAGCAGGACGUCCGGGCUGGAGGCACCGUGUCCAUUUACGUGGAAGGAAAUUUGGGAAUAACAAUGCGAGGCAGCGCUUUGCUGGCCAUAGUGGCGCUAUGCACCAUAUCCGCCGCCAACGCCCGUCCGGACUGCAAUGCCUGUUUUAUGAAGAACGCGGGGAGGGACAAAGAAUCGAAUGCGACGGUGGGUGACAGACAGCAGAGGUCUCAACUGGGCGAACAGAACAAGAGUGACGUAUCCUCGUUUUACAGGGAGCGCGUGCUCCGCUCGAAGCGCACCGCAGCGUGGGGCGCGCAGCAGGAGGUCCAGCAGAGCGUCCAGACCCGCCUGCGAGACGUACUCCUCGCGCAGAACGCGGAGCGGCUGAGGGAGCGCCUCGAGGCCGACGCAGCAGACCAGUGGUGGGAGGACUCUCCGGCCAACGUGGACGGUGCUCCAGAGGGCCGUCAAGAGGGAGGUGAAUGGGGAGACAUCAAGCAAGUCAUCCCGAGCUACUCCCAGCAGGCGGGCUUUGGCCGCAUGAGCCAUACGUGAACGUGUGGAGUGAAGAGCUAAGAAGUGGAAUAAUUACAACCAGAUGCAACAGUUCUGGAUCCGUUUUAAUGUAUUGCCUCAACAAACUGCCAGACAACACAGAAAGAAUGGCAAGAUAAAAAUACAAUAAACGGCUUUAGAUAAAAAAA